AUGAGCGUGGCGCGGAGGGUCUCCUCACUCAUCGAUCCAAAGGACCCAAUCGUCAGCAAGCUCGGCAGAGUCUUUGGUGGCUAUCUGCCGGGUCAGAGGUCUCCGGUCAAAGGCCUGCACGAGGAUGAGCGAACGUUUAAUCGCAAAGGAGAUGCUCCUCGGACGGACAUUGUCAGCGGCAAGCUCUGCGGUACGUGCAUCCCAUCCAAUCUCUAUCCCCAGGCCAAGUUGCUGACCGGGCAGAGCAGAUGAUGUGCUCAAAUAUCUCGCCCCGACGUUGGAGCCGUACAGAGGAUGUACCGUCAUCGAUGUCCAUCCAGGCGCUUGCUUGUGGUCACAGAAACUUCACGACUUCUUGAAACCCAAGCGCCAUUUGCUGAUGGAACCCGAGGAAGCGUACCUGGACACGUUCGUCAAGCCUUUGCUGGAGAAACCGGGUUCCACCUACAGGCACACCAAACUUUCCGGCGCUCAUCCUCGGGAGUAUUGGUCCCACUAUCAAACUGCCAUCGAUGAGGGACUACUUCCACCGAUGCCCAAGGUUUCCCCCGAUGACUCUGCGAGUCGCCAGCUAGAUACAAGUGUCCUCCUCACGGGGAACCUCGCAAGACUAUAUCAAGAGCGCUCAAAGGCAAGGACCGCGGACUUCCCGAACGUCAUCCUCCAGCAAAUGUCUUGGGCAGCACUCAGCAAUGAUAUUUGUCACCGCCAAGGUCGAGUACGCAUGCUGUGGUGGCUGCCAGAUCGGCACAAGGAGGCUCUGAUUCCUCAACGACAUUCGCGCGUGAACCCACUCUCGGCGGGUCUAUUCCUGGGCACAGACAUUACUGAAGUGACGGGUGUUCAGCCGGCGAAUACCUUCGUUACAGGCCCCGAUGCGAGGGAAAGCAGUGUCGACGCACUGUACAGACAUACGUCCAUGAGAGAAAAGGCUGCCGAUGAUGUACAGCGACGCAUGCGGGAGAAGGGCAUGUCCAUACCCCGCGGACGGAAGCCUCUAUAUCCUGAUAUUUCUAGCAAGGGCAAGCCUCGCGAAUACAAGGAUCUGGUAUCGCCGGUUGCAAUUCGCUAUGAGACCGUGAAAGAGUUCGAAGGUGCCUUCAAGGAGUGUGAAGCCCGCGUGAAGGAGGUGACACAAGCUGCCGAGAAGUCACUGAGCUUGCGAACUCCAAAGAGUGCCCAGAAGGUCUUGAAGCCCCUUCACGACUCUUUACGUUACCCUCAAUGUAUACCCCUCACAACAUCUCUCCACAACUUCCGCCCGGGACGCGGCGUCUACGACACAGUUCUCCCCAAGGGCGAAUUCACUGUGGCCCAAAGCCGAGUCAUGAUCAUCAUGGACUGCAGUCUCCGCAUCGUCAACAUGGAAGCCCACUACAAACAUCUCGAAGACAAAGGCCUCUUCUCCCCGGAACAGCUCCAGUCCUUCAAGACCAACCUCAUCAGCAUGGAACAGACUUUCCGCGCCGAAAUCGACGACAAAUACCGCGUCAUGGCCCGAUACGUCGACCAACUCGUCACGCACCAACUCGUCUUCUUCGCCUCCCCACCCAUCAUCCCCUUCGACAGAAGAUCCUACGAAUCCCUCCUCGCCGACACGUCGGAUUUCUGGCCCAAACUGCCCCUCGCCCUGCUCGACCUCACCCCCACCACGCGCGAUCUCCGCAUGCCCCCGGAAAUGCAAAUCCCCCUGCGCGAAGUCAUCAAGACCACCCACGAACUCCUCAAAUACCUCUACCUCCGCCGCGGAUCGUCUCUCCCGAGCGUGUUGGAGAUGAUUGCGCCGAAUGCGAGUAAGGAUCUCCUGCCUGACUGCAAGACGAUCGAGGACCCGAGACGCGGAGGCAGGUUGAAUGUCGAAGCGUUGAAAGUGAGGAUGUUGUCCACGGACAUGAUUGAGGAAUUGGUGCGGGCUUGGUUCGAGUGGCCUUUUAAGCCCAACAGUUGGGAAUUGGCGCUUGCUACCGGGGGCAGUGCGCAGAGUCUGGGAGGCGGGGGCAGUGUGGUUGCUUCGACGGAGGAGGAUGACGAGGAGGAGGAGGAUCUGGAUGGGGAGACGGAAGAUGGGUGA